GCCAUAAUUCAAAACAUUUUUCAUGGAUGAGAAUAUGUUAUAGAAUCAAUUAUAUAAAACAAAAUCUGUUUACCACUUGGAUGAUUAAAGCCUUGAAGUGGGAUUAACUCAAGCUAAAAUAUGGAGAAAAUAGCUUUGCUUUUAUCCCAAUUGUUUUAUAAGGAAGAGAGAGAAGAAGGAGGAGAAGAUUUGCAGUUGAAGAAGCAGUUGCUGUCUCAGCUUUGCUUACUUAAGACACAAAAACCUCAGGGAAGUUAGGCCAACGGUUAGCUUCCCUCCAAGUUUCCCUCUUUCAAUUCACUUGGAAUCAAAGCAAAGGUUUUUUCAGUUGAUUCGUGGUCACCAUCUGAGACCCAACUUCACCUUCCUGUCUUAUUCUCUCUGCUACCAUCUUCUCUGUUUUAUCUGCUCCCCCAACCUUCUAUAUCUACUUUCAAUUUAUUGAAGAUUUCUUCAUUCAAAGGCCUAUAUCCUUAAAUACCCACCUAAGUUUUAUGGUUUUUGUUCAUGUCUUAGUGCUUUUUGUGGAGUGAAUUCCUUGUAAAAGUGGGUUUCUUUAUUACUUUUGAGGGACUAUAUUUAGCAAGUGCCCGCCAAACAAACUUCUGAUUUGUUGAAGUACAGGUUUUGAAAGUAUUUAGAAGUUGGCUCGCAUUAAUUUGGUGGGUUUCGUCCUGCUGUGGCUGACAAGUUGACUAUGGCGGCCUUGAGACUUAGGCCUGCAGGUAUUCAAGCUUCUCAAUUCAACAGUUUGGCAACUACCUAAACCUUCUGUGGCUGAAGCUGUAUUUGUUCAUUAGUUUUGGAGCUGGGAAGCAUGAAUACCCGUUACUCUUUUCAACCGGAUUCAUUGUGUAAUUCAAGCACUGCAGGUUCAUUUUCAUCAAAUCCUCCCGGAGUAGAAGAUAGAAUGGCAGCAAGUACCCGGAAUAGGUCUCCUCGUGCCCCGUCUUCUUCACUCUUGAUAAGAACGGCGAUGAGGAUAUCUAGAGCAAGGUGGUUUACUUUCUUAAGAAGAGUUUUCCACUACCAAAAUGGAUCAAGGUCCGAUCUUGGGUCCAAUCCUUUCAAUUCUAGCACUUGGAUGAUGCUGGAGUUCUUAGCUUUGGUAAUUCAAAUAAGCAUCACAACGUUCACUUUGGCCAUUUCAAAGAAGGAGAGGCCUGUUUGGCCUAUGAGAGUAUGGAUUGUUGGCUAUGAUAUUGGUUGUGUUCUUAGUUUGUUACUGCUUUAUGGGCGCUACCGUCAUCUUCACAUAACUCAAGGGGAUGGUUUUGGCCUUUCUGAUGUCGAACAACAGAGGACAAAUGAAGAAUCAAGUAUGUUCAGGAGCUCACAUUUGAUGAACAAAUGCCGGACUUCAUUAGAGCUGUUCUUUGCAAUAUGGUUUGUGAUGGGAAAUGUUUGGGUCUUUGAUUCUCGCUUUGGAUCCUUCCACCGAGCCCCAAAUCUUCAUGUACUCUGUAUCUCAUUGCUAGCUUGGAAUGCUCUCAGCUACUCUUUUCCAUUUCUGUUGUUCCUACUUCUAUGUUGUUGUGUGCCACUUAUUAGCAGCCUCCUAGGUUACAACAUGAACAUGGGUUCCAAUGAAAGAGGUGCAUCUGAUGAUCAGAUCUCCAGGCUGCCUAGUUGGAGAUAUAAAGAAAUCAACACCAACUUAGAGCUUGAUCAUGAUUCAGACUGCAGUGCAAGCCGGGCAAAUGAAGAUCCAGAAUGUUGCAUUUGCCUGGCCAAGUAUAAAGACAAAGAAGAGGUGAGGCAGUUGCCAUGUUCCCACAUAUUUCACCUCAAAUGUGUGGAUCAGUGGCUCCGAAUCAUAUCUUGCUGUCCUCUUUGCAAACAAGAACUGGAGAGAUAGAAAGCAAGAUCACAGCCGAAAAGCUCUUCCUUCAAAUUCCCCCCCCCCCCCCCAAAUCUCCUCCUUGAUUCACUAUGGUGUGAUUUAUUUUUAUAAUUACAAAGGUUAUUUGAGUGAGUUUUGUUGUUUGUACAGUGAUACUCACCAGUAACCAAAAAACAUACACAAAACCAUACUGAUGUAUACUGUUUAUGAGAAUAUGUAUAUAAGAAGAAUGAAUAAUUUUGCUUUCCAAGUGUAAUUGAUACCCCAAACUUCUAUGUACCUUUUUCAAGGUCUGCUGUAAAAUAAUGCAUAUAGUAGCUAAUCUAAUUCAUUUUAAGAUUUUUCCACGAAUAAAACCAAAACCAGUUGGCAACUAUUGAUUAGGCAGCUCCUUCUAUUUAUUAAUUUCUACAACAUUAUUUUUGCCCUUAU